AUGGAAGCGCGUGCAAAGCACCUGGAAUGGGAGAGGAUUCAUCUGGAGCAGGAGGUGGAACAGCUCGCCCAGGAGCAGGUGAAGCAGGUGCAGCUCUUGCAGCUCUUAGCUGUUGCUGUGCUGCUGGUCCUUGUCUUGCUCCUGUGGUUUAUUGGGUGGAAAAGCAGCCAGAGGAGAGAGGAGGAUGAAGAAGGAAACCGUGGUGCCAAUGAAGGGGAAGUGGGCAAUGUUGCGGCAAACGAAGGAGACAAUGUUGGAAAUGAAGAUGUCAAUGAGGCUGCAAUUGCAGAAAACAUCAAUGAUGUUGCAAAUGAAGUCCUAGAAGAUGAUUUUGACGAUCACGUUGGACGUGUUAUAAUGGAGCGCAUCCAGUGGCCUGUACAAGACCUGCAGAGAGGCUGUGAGUGGACUACUGACCUCAUGGAUCAGUGUAGCCUUUACUUUCAACGGGUCUUGUCAAACAGCUUUUACCCAGUGCUGCAACGAGCCAUCGGGGUGGGCAGUGCCUUUGAAGGCUGGAAUCCCCGUGAGCAGGAUGUCGUGUACCGCCUGCUCAUCCCCAUGACUCCUCCCCGAGGCCACAGCUUCCACCUGGAGCUGGACAGUGCAGGCCAGAGGCACGUGAGGAACUUCCGUGUCCGCGUGCAGCUGGAGUGCACCUGCACGAGGGAGCAGCAGGCUGAGGACAUGCUGUGCUUCCUGCACCACCCCGAGGAGGAGCUGAGGAGGAAUCAGGAUCCCAGCCUCCUAGACACCCUGUGCACCGGCUCCUACCUCAACGUGCAGAAAACUGCCCGCUGGUUUCACCAGCUGGUGAGAGCAGUCUGGCCGGCUUUGCCUCAGUCGCACAACUGGCAUUUAGUGCUGCUGCCCUCCACACGCUCCUGCCAAUUCAAGGUGACCAAUGGCAGGGAAAGCUUCAGGAUUGAGCUGUUCUUCGGGGUGCGGAGAGAUGACUCAGCCAUCUUUGUGUGCAGCCAGCCUAGAGAGGCCCAUACAGCAAGCACAACCUGGCCCGAGUCUUACGCUGUGGCAGAGGUUGAGUUCUUCAAGCACAUUGCCAGGCAGGCCCCCCCUGACAGCCUGCACCUCAAAUGCCUGCAGUUCUUCACCCGUCUUCAGCUGGGCUUCAGCUUUUCCACCUACACCAUGAAGACCAUUGUCAUGCACCUGCUCAAUGUCACACCCGUCUCAUCGUGGCGUAGGAGAGACCUCCUGGAACGACUGCAGGAUAUCAUCAACAGCCUGCAUUUUUGUGUGCGAGCAAAACGCCUCAACCACUUCAUUGUGGGCAACCAGAGGUUUCCUCAGGACAUCAAUUUACCUGCCGAUGUUCAAAGGGCUGAGCCAUUAAAUCUCCUCCAUCACCUGGUGCAGCAGCCGGAUGUCCAUACCCAGGCGCUUCAUGAGUACCACGUUCUAGAAAAGUGGUUCAAAAGAAUCGUUCUCGCUGAGGAUUAA